AUGUCAGGUCACAGUACAAAGCACUGGAGCAAAUGGCUAUCACUUGCUGAGUGGUGGUAUAACACCAAUUACCACUCAAGUUUGAAGAUGACCUCUUUUACUGCAUUAUAUGGUUAUAUUCCUCCCCACAUAGCUCUUCCUAUGGAGGUCACUUCUUCAGUAGCAGCUGUUGAAGAUUUCUUGAAGGAGAGAUCAGCUAUGCUAGAUAUCCUAAAAGAGACAUUAUCCAAGAAUCAAGAGAUGAUGAAGAUUUUUGCUGACAAGAAGAGAACUGAUAGGUUCUUUGAGGUGGGUGACUAUGUAUUUCUCAAGCUGCAACCCUGCAGGCAAUCCUCAAUGCCAAUCAGAAGCAAUCUUAAACUCUUAGCUCGUUACUAUGUACCUUUUCAGGUGACACACAAAAUUGGUAAGGUAGCUUACAGAUUGUCUCUACCUGUUGCAUCCAAAAUACAUCCUGUAUUUCAUGUCUCACAGUUGAAGAAAAAGAUUGGGUUGUCUGCUACCACUGCCCCUAUACUCCCCUCGACUGAUGCAGAAGGUGAGAUUGUGCUCAAACCUGUUGCAGCUCUGAAUUUUCACCAGGAUUUUCGAUAA